AUGAUCAGUUGUCCUGUGCGAGAUAUUCCAUUACUUGAUCGUUUAUAUGCUCGAGUUACGGUUUCGGUAAAUGAGGGAUGGCAACCUCAUGCUGGACCAAAACAAUUGCUUCGUGAUCCACCAAACCCACUUUCACAAGUUAUAGAAUCUGAUGAGGAAGUUGAACCAUUUAUACCAAUUCAGAAAUCAGCAUCACGUGGAAAGGGUAAAGUAGGAUCAUCUUCCAAACAAGAGCGUCUCACGACUGCCAUUGAAGAUCAAGGAAGAUUUUGGAAAGGUGGCCGAGAAACAUUUGAGUCAUUGAAUCCAUUCUGUUGUGCUGUAUGUAUGCAGGAGCUGCUCAAAAUAACUAGUUUAGACCAUGGUAACGAGCUAUAUUGGGCUGCAAUUGAUUAUCUUGCAUCUGAUGAGAGUGGCCGUCAGAUUUUCAUGUCAUUACCAAGUGACGCGGAGAAAAUCAAAUUUCUGGAACGAAAGACAGGAGCUUUUACCUUGAUUUUGAUCCAACGGCUCUUAGGAGAAGGAGAUCAAGCCUAUGAGCAAGAGAUCUUCUUCGCCACUCGCCGUGGCACCAGGCUUCUCAAUAUGUCUGAUUUUAGGGAUGUUUCGAGGUCCAACUCUUGGGAUUACUCUGCUUUUGUAAGGACUUACGCUUUGUACCUUGACGAAAGGCUUGACUUCAGGAUGCAAGCGAGACACGGGAAACGCGGAGUAUACUGCGUUGGAGGAGAAACAGAGGAAGAUGAGAAAGAUAAGCCCGCCGCUGAUCUCUCCACGGCUAUAGUGGUCAAGUCACAACCCAUCGCCGAGAUGAAAACAGAGCAUAUCUUCACCAGAGUUCAAAACAUUUGCAGCAACUUCUUGACCGUUUCUUGGCUUGUCGUCCCACGCGUGGCGCGAGGAACAACAGAGUUGUGA